GGGAAGAAGAAUAGGAGCUGGAGAUCUCUGCAUGGAAACAUUUCUGAAUGCUUUGGAAAAAUUUCAGCAUUUAAGCUGGUUGAAGGAGCUGAUGUUUGAAUCCUGAGAGACACAAGAGACGUAUUCAGUAUGGCCAGUCAAGUAGGAAAGCACACAGACCUUCACCACUGCUCAUACUGUGGGAAGAGAUUCGCUCAGCCGAGGAGUUUACGGCUGCACCAACGCAUUCACACGGGAGAGAAACCUUUCCAUUGCUUAGAGUGUGGAAAAACUUUCAGUCACAGCUUUAAUCUCAAACAGCAUCAGCGCCUCCACACGGGAGAGAAACCGUUUGUCUGUUUACUGUGUGGAAGCAGAUUUAGAUACAAAAGUAACCUCAAUACACACCAACGCAUCCAUACAGGUGAAAAGCCGUAUCAGUGUUCACACUGCGGAAAGAAUUUUGCUGACAUGACCUAUUUCCAAAAACACAAACAGACCCACACGAUGGAAAAGUCGCAUCGCUGCUCACAGUGCGGGAAGAGUUUUGGUUUAGAGAGCAUCCUCCUCGAGCACCAGCGCAUCCACACUGGGCAACAACCGUAUCACUGUUCACAGUGCGAGAAGAGUUUUAAUCACGAGCGAUCCCUGCAGCGUCACCAGAGUAUUCACACUGGAGAGAAGCCGUAUCACUGCUCACAGUGCGGCAAGAGUUUCAACCGGGAGUGUAAUUUCCAGCAUAAACGCAUUCACACAGGAGAGAAACCAUACAGCUGUUCAGAGUGCGGGAAGAGUUUUAUUCAUCAUAGCUACCUCAAAGUGCACCAGCGGAUUCACACUGGAGAGAAGCCGUAUCACUGCUCACAGUGCGGCAAGAGUUUCAACCGGGAGUGUAAUUUCCAAACGCAUAAACGCAUUCACACAGGAGAGAAACCAUACAGCUGUUCAGAGUGCGGGAAGAGUUUUAUUCAUCAUAGCUACCUCAAAGUGCACCAGCGGAUUCACACUGGAGAGAAGCCGUAUCAGUGCUCACAGUGUGGCAAGAAUUUUAAUCGGAAAAGUAAUCUCAAUGUACAUCAGCGCGUUCACAUGGGAAAGUACGUGGAUUUCAGUUCCAGGAGGGCUGGUGGUAACCCAGCUAUUAGUGUUGCACAAGGCAGAGACACAAGAGACGUAUUCAGUAUGGCCAGUCAAGUAGGAAAGCACACAGACCUUCACCACUGCUCAUACUGUGGGAAGAGAUUCGCUCAGCCGAGGAGUUUACGGCUGCACCAACGCAUUCACACUGGAGAGAAACCUUUCCAUUGUUUAGAGUGUGGAAAAACUUUCACUCAGAGCUUUCAUCUCAAACAGCAUCAGCGCCUCCACACAGGAGAGAAACCGUUUGUCUGUUUACUGUGUGGAAGCAGAUUUAGAUACAAAAGUAACCUCAAAACACACCAACGCAUCCAUACAGGUGAAAAGCCGUAUCAGUGUUCACACUGCGGAAAGAGUUUUGCUGACAUGACCUAUUUCCAAAAACACAAACAGACCCACAUGGUGGAAAAGUCGCAUCGCUGCUCACAGUGCGGGAAGAGUUUUGGUUUAGAGAGCGUCCUCCUCGAGCACCAGCGCAUCCACACAGGGGAACAACCGUAUCACUGUUCACAGUGCGAGAAGAGUUUUAAUCACGAGCGAUCCCUGCAGCGUCACCAGAGUAUUCACCGAGGAGAGAAGCCGUAUCACUGCUCACAGUGCGGCAAGAGUUUCAACCGGGAGUGUAAUUUCCAAACGCAUAAACGCAUUCACACAGGAGAGAAACCAUACAGCUGUUCAGAGUGCGGGAAGAGUUUUAUUCAUCGUAGCGACCUCAGAGUGCACCAGCGGAUUCACACUGGAGAGAAGCCGUAUCAGUGCUCACAGUGUGGGAAGAAUUUUAAUCGGAAAAGUAAUCUCAAUGUACAUCAGCGCAUUCACACGGGAAAGUAGCCUUGUAGCUGUUUAGACUGUGGAGUUUUUAU